AAUCCUCCUCCUCUGGGCGCCAGCAUAUAAAAGGGCGGGGCGCACUCUGAGCCACAAACACUCUCUGAGUGAGGCAGAUCACACACACAGUCAUCAUGUCCAGUGAUAAGUCCAAGGCUGCUUCCCAGACCGACGGGAAGGCUGCUUCCCAGACCGACGGGAAGGCUGCUCAGAGCAAGAAGUCUGAGAUGGGCAUGAUGUCCUACAAGAUGUUUGUGUUCGACCAGGAGAACUUCCAGGGUCGCAUGGUCGAGAUCAGCAACGAGUGCAUGAACGUGUGUGAGAUGGGCAUGGACCGCGUCCGCUCCCUCCGCAUUGAGUGUGGACCCUUUGUGGGCUUCGAGCAGAUGAACUUCUGUGGCGAACACUACAUUCUGGAGAAGGGAGAGUUCCCCCGUUGGGACUCUUGGAGCAACUGCCAGAAGAACGACUACCUGUUGUCCUUCAGGCCCGUCCGCAUGGACCCCGAGAAGCACAAGAUCUGCCUGUACGAGGUUGGGGAAUUCAAGGGCCGUAAGAUGGAGAUCAUGGACGAUGACGUUCCGUCUCUGUUCUCCUACGGCUUCACCGACAGGGUCGGCAGCAUAAUGGUCAGCUGUGGAACCUGGGUGGGCUACCAGUUCCCCGGAUACCGUGGCUCCCAGUACCUUCUGGAGAAGGGCGAGUUCAAACACUUCAACGAGUUCGGCGCCCGGCACCCCCAGUUCCAGUCCGUGAGGCGUAUCCGCGACAUGCAGUGGCACCAGCAGGGAUGCUACACCAUGGCCAGCAAGUGAGGCUCAGGGAAGGAGAGAAAGAGAAAGAGCGGAAGAGAGGGAGAGGGGCGGAGGAAGAGAGAGAGGGGGAGAGAUGUCUGAGGCCUUGCCGAACCCCUGGCUGAAGCUUACCAUCUGAAACAGCAAGGGAGAGUGGUGACAUUAAAAAUCCCCCCCUCUUUGAAACCUCAAUUGAAGGACCACCUGGCUACAGAACACCUGAAAAUCAGACAACCCCUCCAUCACUCUCUCUCUACUCUUCUCUUUCUCUCCUGUGAUCCGACCUUAGCUUUUCCCUCGUUCACCCCCCCCCCCCCCCCCCUUCCUUUUUCGUCCCCCAUUCCUUUCUCCUGCAGUCCAUUGCAGCACCAAAGAGGGAACGAGAAAUAUCUUGCUGUUUUACACAUGAUUCUCGGCUCAGGGUAUGAUGCACCAUGGGAAAAGAAGUUUCAAUAUCCACCCCCCACUUCCUAACCCUGUGUAUCGCACACCCUCUCUGCUGUACAGAAUCCUGGCCAACUUUUCAAUAAAAAUGAAAAUCUUGAUUUCAAAA